CCGCCGGGGCGCCCUCCCCGCCGGGGCCCCAUCCUCAGGCCGGGCCGCGGGCGGAGGGGGCGGCCUGGAGGCGGUGGCGGGGUCAGCACGGCCGCCGAGAGCAGGGCCAUGGAGCCCGGGGAGUCGGGGAAGGCUCCUGUGACAUUUGAUGACAUCACAGUGUAUUUACUUCAGGAAGAGUGGAUGCUGCUAAGUCGGCAGCAGCAGAUGGAGAUCUGGGGUUCUGACAAGCUAGUGGCACCACUGGGACUGACAAUUGCCAACCCAGAGCUAUUCUGUAAACUUGAGCAAGGGGCAGAGCCAUGGCUUGGAAAUAUUCAGGGACAGAGGAGUCUCCAGAACCAUCGCUCAACACCUGGACUAGUAGUUCUGUAGGAAUGAAUGAACGAAUGGAUAGCUGUCUGCCAAGUUCUCCUUGGAAAAGCUUCUCUUGAUGAGGGAUUGGCUUAGCUAGAGCCGGGCCGGGGACACCUGCCAUUGUGUAAGAUGACUGAGACAGCCCAGCACCUGCUGUGGGAGAGAAGUGAGGUGAAGGAGCAAGAACUUACGUAAAGUGAGUCACAGAGCCUUGCUCUCCUUUGGAAUCUAUCCCAGACGGACCACAGGAGCCUCAGAUGUCUUUGUAACUCUAAAGUAUCACAGGAAAAGACAAGAUGGGCCGCAUGGAAGAAAUAGAUGUGCCGGAAGCAGCCCGAGAGCCUGGACUGUGCCUGCCGCCCCAAAAGAAAGCCCAUCUUUCCCACUUGCGUGCAGAGGGUGGCGACAUGGAGGUCCAUUGCACAGGAAAACGCCAACGGCCAGCGAAGCCGCGGUCUAUCCAGAAGUCGUGGUUUGCGCAGUUUCCGUGGCUGGUCAUGAAUGAGGAGCGGACGGCUCUGUUUUGCUCUGUUUGCCGAGAAUACCCAUGUGUCAGGGAGAAACGGUCAAGGUUAAUAGAAGGUUAUACAGGACCUUUCAAGGUGGAGACUCUCAAAUACCACGCCAAGAGCAAAGCUCACCUGUUUUGUGUUAAUGCCUUGGCUGCAAGGGACCCCCCGUGGGAAGCACAUCUCCAGAGCAUCGCAGACACACCUGGAGAGGUGCUCACCAGCUCAGCACACCUCUUCCCUGUAGACUGUCCUACAUCAUACCCUCCCGGGCCUCUGGGAGACUAUGACGAUGUAGCCAGGCUCUUGCCAAGCUCUAGAGCUGAGCUGAGGGACCCUGCAUUGUAUCUAGAUUGCGUCUCAGAGUUGAGGCAAAAAGAAAUCACUGAUGACAUCCACACGUCCUCAAACAUUAACGUUUUAUUUGAUGACUCUGCUGAACCCUUCAGUCAGGACGAUUCUGAAGAGGGGCUCUUUGAGGAGGUUCCCGUGGUGUUUGAGGAUGUGGCGGUGUAUUUCACCCGGGAGGAGUGGGGCUUGCUAGACAAGCGGCAGAAGGAACUGUACAGAGGCGUGAUGUGGAUGAAUUAUGAGCUGUUGGCAUCACUGGGGCCUGCUGCUGCCAAGCCAGAUUUGAUCUCCAAGUUGGAACGAAGAGCUGCACCCUGGAUCAAUAACCCCAAAGGGUCCAAGUGGGGGAAAGGUCGUCCUCCAGGGAAAAAGAAGAUGGUAGCAAUAAGAGAGGCAGACACACAAGCCUCAACUGUAGGAUCUGCAUUGCCUUCAGCUCCUUCUGUGGAAACAUGUGCCUCCUACUGCAGACCCAGCGUUUGUGAAGUAGAAGUAGAUGGACCCGAGCGAAUGAGGAGGACAUACAGACCCCGUUCAAUUCAGAGAGCUUGGUUUGGGCAGUUUCCAUGGCUAGUGAUUGACCCAAAAGAGACCAAGCUCUUCUGCUCAGCUUGCAAAGCAAGACCCAAUCUCCAUGACAAAUCCUCUCGAUUAGUCCGAGGUUAUACUGGGCCUUUCAAAGUGGAGACUUUAAAGUACCAUGAGGUCAGCAAAGCACACAAGCUCUGCGUUAGCACUGUGGGGGUCCAAGAAGAUGCCCCUCAACCUUCCCUAGUCCCAGAGAUCUCCAGCGACCUGAUGGCCAACAUGGGGCACUUUUUCAGUGCUGCCUACUCCAUUGCGUACCACGCGAGGCCACUGAAUGACUUUGAGAAAAUCCUGCAGCUUCUCCAAAGCACUGGAACCAUGAUUUUAGGCAAGUAUCGAAAUCGCACUGCGUGCACCCAGUUCAUCAAGUAUAUCUCUGAAACCCUGAAGAAGGAGAUCCUCGAUGAUAUCCGAGACUCCCCUUAUGUGAGCAUGUUGCUGGACAGGUCCAUGGACUCCUCUGACCAAUCGUGUGUGGGGAUUUAUAUCCGAUACUUUAAGGAGAUGGAGGUGAAAGAGUCUUACAUCACUUUGGCCCCUCUGUACAGUGAGACAGUUGAUGGGUAUUUCGAAACCAUCAUUUCUGCCCUGGAUGAACUGGAUAUCCCUUUCCGGAAGCCUGGUUGGGUGGUGGGCCUGGGAACCGAUGGCUCAGCCAUGCUGAGCUGCAAAGGAGGCCUUGUGGAGAAGUUCCAAGAGGUCAUCCCCCAGCUGCUGCCUGUGCACUGCGUGGCCCACCGGCUCCACCUGGCUGUGGUUGAUGCUUGUGGGAGCAUCGACCUGGUGAGGAAGUGUGACCGGCACAUCCGGACCAUCUUCAAGUUCUACCAGUCCUCAAACAAAAGGCUGCAUGAGUUGCAGGAGGGCGCGGCUCUGCUCGAGCAGGAGAUCCUCCGCCUGAAAGACCUGAAUGCCGUCAGGUGGGUGGCCAGCAAGAGGCGAACGCUGAAUGCACUUCUGGUGAGCUGGCCUGCCUUGGCUCGGCACCUGCAGAGCGUGGCAGAUGCGGGGGGCCAGGUUGGGCACCGGGCCCAGGGCAUGCUGCGGCUGAUGAAGAGCUUCCACCUCGUCAAGUUCUGCCACUUCCUCCUGGACUUCCUGAGCAUCUAUAGGCCUUUGUCUGAGGUGUGCCAGAAAGCAGUUGUACUGAUCACAGAGGUAAAUGCCACGCUGGCACGGGCCUAUGUGGCCCUGGAGACCCUCCUGCACCAGGCAGGGCCCAAGGAAGAGGAGUUUAAUGCCAGCUUCCAGGAUGGGUGUCUGCAUGGCAUUCCCCUGGACGGGAUGGAGAUGGCAGAGCAGAGGUUCCAGGCAGACAGGGAGAGAGUGGUUCUGACUGGGAUCGAGUACCUGCAGCAGAGGUUUGACACAGACCGCCCUCCCCAGCUCAAGAACAUGGAGGUGUUUGAUACCAUGGUCUGGCCAGAUGGGAUGGAACUUGCCAGCUUUGGGAAUGACGACGUUCUUGCCCUUGCCAGGUAUUUUGCGCUCUCGCUUCCCACAGGGUACAGUGAGGAUGCCCUGCUGGAGGAGUGGCUGGGCCUGAAGGCUGUGACCAAGAACCUCCCGUUCUCCAUGCUGUGUAAGAAUGCCUUUACUCAGCACCGCCGCUUCCCCCUGCUGAGCAGGCUGGUGGCUGUGGUGGUUUGCGUGCCUGUGUCCACAUCCUGCUGUGAGCGUGCAUUCCAUGCCAUGACCCGGAUCAAGACCGACGAGAGAACCAAGCUCUCCAAUGAGGUGGUCAACAUGCUCAUGAUGACAGCUGUAAAUGGGGUGGCGGUCACAGAGUACGACCCGCAGCCAGCCAUCCAGCGCUGGUACCUGACCUCCUCCGGGCGCCGCUUCAGCCAUGUCUACACCUGUACCAAGGUGCCUGCUCACCCUCACACUGGUGCUGGGCUCAGAAAUGAGAGGAUGGGAGCACUUGGUAUGGAGAAGUCUGUGACCCAGAAGACACCCGCUCAACCCUACAGGGAACCCACAGGGGUCCAGAAGGAGUACACGGUGGAUUCACCCAGCAGGUUCACGCACCCCACGCGCAGGGAACCCGCGGGGGUCCUGAAGGAGUACAUGGUGGGCUCCCUCAGCAGGCUCACAUCCCCUACGCACAGCUGCGCCGAUAGAGAGGGGCUCCUGCAGGAGCAGGAAUGCUAGCGCUGCCUGGUAGAGGCUGCCCUGAGGUGGUGGCCAUGGCGCCAGGCUUUCUGCAAAGAACCUUUGUUUGGAUGUAGGCAGUGACAAGACCACAUUCCAAAGAGGCACCACUGCCUACCCUAACCCUAACCCUAACCUGUCCAACACUUAAACUCGUAGAAAAGGCUCACACCGCUAGUUCACUUCUGAGGUGCUCCAGGAAAUCAUUCUAUUGUGAAUGAUGUCACCCCCACAUUCCUGAGGGGCUGAUGGCUUAAAAGAGCAGCGCAGCCCCCUGGGUAGGUGGGAAGUGUCCAGGAGGCUCCUACAGCUCAAGUGGCACAGGGCAGGGCCGCUUGCCGGAGUGGAGGGCUAUAGGCUCUGGAGUCCCCAUUCUUGAGCCUUAUACCGGCUCCCAUGGCAGAGUCAGGGAGCCUCAACUUCAGCUGGGAGAUGCACAAAGAGUUUCCUGCCUCCUCUCAGGCUUUCCUUUCAGAAUGAGAAAUAAAGGCCCACUGAACUGAGCCUGAAGAAAGGUGCUCCUCCUGAGCUUCCAGAUGGGGUGGGGGAAGCGCCCCUGGGGAGAAGCCAGGUGCUUCCUGAGCUGCAUCCCACCGAGCCCUUCCCAGGAGUGUGCAGAACCAAGCGAGAGUUGGGAGGCUAGGAUUCAGCCCAGUUCUGCUGCAGGCAGAGGUGCACUUGUGAUUUCUCCCUCCCUCUUUGCUGUGCCUCGGUUUCCCUCUCCAUGAAGUGGCAGCAGAGAAUCCAAGUGCCUGCUGCCUCCCAGUCAGCCCUGGGUUGGAUGAAGGAUGUCAGACCCACACACUGUGCAUCCUUGGCCUGAGCAUCCAACCUUUCUGCUCAGCCUAAAGUACUGCACUUUUCCUUCUCCUUUAGGGAAACUGCACUGGGCAGGCUCAGUAAGGCUGCUCAUUGGAUGGAGGUAGUUUUAUUUUAGGUCUAUCUUCCUCAACAUGGAUGGGGCCUCUUCUUUUUCAUCUUUCUCCCGAGGGAGCACCUGCCUGUUGCUUGAUUUUCAUCAGCAGGCAGUGGUGCUGCGUCCUGACCUUUCUCGUUGCCCCUCUCAGAACAGGCAGGUCCCUUGUUCUGUGCUGCACACCCAGGUAGUCUGGCCACAUAACCCACAGUCUAUGAGGUGCUGGAGGCUUCCUGGGAUAUCAUCACCAAGCAUCCUGGGGUGACUGCAGACCCUGUUUCUGUCUCCCUACAGCCUCAGCACCUUCCAUCUCCCAUUAUCUUCUUCAGUGUCUAGCCUGGAAUUCCUCUCUCACUUUCUGCAACUCAACCUUGUGGAAAUGCCUCCCUUUAGCCCUGUGGAUCUGGAAGUAUGAGGCUACCAGGUGCUCUCUGGAAUAAGAGAUCCAUUAGCGUUCCCAGAUGUGCAAGGUUCCCCCUCUAGUCCACAGCAGCUUCUAUUGGGGAGUUCAGGAAUUUGCCUUUGAUCAGGGGCUGUGGGUGUGAGUUGAAAUGGAAAAGAGAAAGGCCCUUUAAAGUGGGCGGUGUAGACCUGCCCAGCUAUACCCAGAGGGUUUCAAAUGGAAGUGGCUUCCUGGCCCUUCCCCAUGGGGUUACCCAGAACAAAAGGCUGGGUUUCUGUGAGGGAGAUUCUGUACAGUGAUCCAAGAGUGGAGGUAGGAGCCAGGUAAGGAGCAGCUUCCUCCCCUCAGAAAGCAGUAUGUUGGGCUGGUGGCCUCUGUGGUCUCAGGAAUGCAUCCAAUGGCAGGCUUGGACCAGGGGACAGAAAUGCCGUUUAGCUUAGGUGUUUGUCUUAAGUCUCUCGGGCAUGGCUGCCCUGGUUUCUUUUUGAUAGCUAAAGGCAAAGAGGGCUACUGAUGUUUUAUGGAAGGAAGGAGGAGGAUUGAAACAUUGCGAAAGCCUUUGGUAGAGACCGUUGCCCAGGCUUGCCUCUUUGUCUCCAGAGACUAGGGCUGGAAAAACCCUUGUUGGAGAGGGCUCCUGGUUUUGCCUCCCAGGAAAGCAAGCCGAAAUGGGAGUGGAAGGAGCCGGCACUUUCCCUUUGGCCAGAGUCCUAGCCAUACUCCCUGUCACCUUUACAGCGUCUCUGUAUAUCCUGGCAUUUCCCCCUUCAUCCCCCAUGAUGGAUGUCCACGGGAUCUGACACUAUGAGUGAUCAGCAUUAUGAUUCGCAGUUUGAUUUCAGUAGCCACAGAAUCUUGAGAUGAGGGCGGGAGUGAGGGGCCUUCUGUCCUGCCUAAUGUCAGCAGAGAGUGUAACCAUGCUCCAGAACGUUGCUGCGCUUAGCUGGGCCUGCAGAGGCUGUGUUCCUGCAGUGAUGAUUCCUAAUUAGGCUAGUGUGGAGAUGGGCCAGAGCCCUCCCUAGGGGUCUGCUCAGCCAAGGACACAGGGUGACUGACCCACCCCAGGGAGAGCUUCUCCCUCUGGCUUCAGAUAUGUGCAAAUGAAGUUUAGAACACCAAGUCUGAGUCUUCAACUUUUGGUGUCUAAAUAAAGCCUCUGUCUUGUGAGUUCCAUAAGCAGGAAGUAGGAAGGUAGAGACACUUCAAAGUAUUCUCUCUUGUGACUAUAAAAUAAUAUCCUUUAACACAUUAAGCUCCUUGCUGUUCUGUGAGAGAUGACCAGGUGUUCAUACACAGCUCCUACCCCCAGAAGGGAGGGGUGGUGUAGCCAGCCCUGCCUGAUGGGAUGUGUCUAAGAAGUCCACCUGCUUUGGGGGAAGGAGGGUGAGCAACCAUUCCUGCAGCUGAACCUCUAGCUUUAACCCCAUUUUGUAGACAAGUACUGGUUCAGCAAAGUCAAGACACUUGCCUAAGGCCAUACAGCUGUUAAAUGAUGGAGCUCUUACCUGCCCAAGCUUUCCACUAUACCACAGACACACACACUCAAAUGCCCUAGGGCCAAGCAGGUAACAUAAAGGAAGUGAAAAAUGGAGUGCGUAUCUUGCCUAAAGCCAUUCAUAUUUUUUUAAAAAUUUAAAGAGUGAAAAAGUACAUAUGAGACUGUGCACUGGCCAAAGCAGUUGGACACUAAAAGGCUCACUGGCCCAUGUGGCUGUGUUCUUGAGCUCCACACUCGGCAGUUUGGGACAGCUUUUCAGAGAAUAUCUCAGAGGCAGAGGGGCACUCUCAGAGGUAACUCUUGGACAGACUUUGUUUUCGCUGGUCUUGUGGUUUUUCAACUUGACAGAAGCCAGAGGAAUUGUCUCUGACUUCACUACUUUGAGGUUUCCUAAUAGCUUCCAGGAUCAUCUUCAGUCUUACUUCUGUUAUCAGAUUCUCUGAAAAGAAUUCAGAUGUUGGUCUAGCAAUAGGGACAUGUUCCUUUUAUUCAGUAUCAAUCUCUCUCAUCUCUACCCCCACGGAUGGGGCACCAAGGGGAGCUCAGCAGAUGUGACGCGGCCAGUCUGAGAAUGUAGAAACUUCUGAGGUCCCAGAGCCCUCUGUCAGGACUUCUAGCUGACACCCUUCCUGCUUCCAUUGCAACAGCUGCACAGGGGUGUCUUCUUUGGAGAGUCUGGGCUCUUUUGCUGCCACUUUAAUAAUUUCCUGCAGCCACUGCUACACAAGAAUCUUCUAACGUAGGAAAGUCAUGAAAAAUGUCACCGUCCCUUAUAAAAGGUAAUGGACCAAGAAGUACCUGGCCCUUGCUCCUGACUGCCAAGUUCAGUGACCCAGGUUAAGCCUUUGCCUAAACUCAUCUGUCAUGAGGUCAACACAACAGAUGCUCCAUUGCAUCCCUCCAAGCCAGAGAAGCCCAGCUGGCUUAUAUCAUAAAGGCCAUUCUGUGUCUCCCUCCCUAUAGACAGAAAAGGCCUGGGCUUGUAAGGGUUUGUGAGACUGAACAUGGCAGAUUCUAAGAUUUGUACUUUUAGAUAUGUGCCCCUGAAAGAGUAAACAUGGGCUAACACAGCCCCCCUUUAUAGCACUGCCCCAAAUUCUUCCUUUCAGGUAUAGCUUGUCUCGAGGUUUAUAAGUGUUCCUGUGUUUCUCAUGAGGCUGCUCAAAGGGAAAAACAAACUGCAUACAAAUUUGUAAGUGCUGAAGGAUUGCAGAUUGAUAGAUCAACUGAGCUGGGAUGGGCUACUGAAGGCUCAAUGAAUGUCGCGAAUUUUGAGAGGAAUUUCUAGGAAGAUGCGGCUUUAAGACUUACCCAGCUGGUGGGUUUUUUGUUUCAUUUUGUUUGGUCUCUGAUUGGGGGGACUGAGAAUCCUUCAUCUGGAGCACUUGUUCCCUUUCAGAUUUACAGACGCUCUCUGGUUUGGCAGCAAGACACACUUCAUGGAGACAGACAACCUAGAUAACCUUAAACUCACACACUGGGAGUGCAAAUGGAUCCCAUGUCAGUCCUGAAAUCUGAUUUGCUCCACCCACCUGGGAUGCUUUGGGCUCACCCUGUGUUGGGCAGUGGGAAGAAGUUGUAAACCUCAGGAGAGCUCAAGAAACAUAUUGGGCCUGGGGAGAAGUAAGAGUAAAGAUUACUUCAGGGCAACUUUGGGAGUGUCAGAAGCUAAAUAAAGCAGUGCAGUCAUCAUACUUUCCCACUUUCCAGAGGCUCUUGAGGAAAAAACAGGCUCAACCAAUUACAGGGCCUAGAAGGUCUAGGCCUCCCUGACGCACCCCCCCCCCAUACCACCACAAUAGGGGAAUUCCCUUUCUAGGAAUUCAUUAGUUCCAAAAUCAAUGAAAAGAUCACAGGUGUGACCAAAAUAAAGGCCAAUUCCCUAGGAGAUGUCAUGGAAAUUCAUCAAUGAUACCUCAAAGCAAUCAUGGGGGAGCCAUUACAGUACGGUCAGUGACCAGUAAGAAGCAGAAAUCACCAGGAAGAGGGGGACAGACACACAGCUAAGCCACUAGGCCACUCGGGGGUCUGAUAGCAGUGCCUCUGCCACACAUUAAUGCUUCACAGAACAGUGUCAGCUUGGAUGCAAGCCCCUGUGAGUAAGCUGGGAGUUUGCCGAAGACACUGGAUUAGGACUGAGAGACUUUGGUCAUGGUCUGGUUUUGUUAUGUGAACUGUGUGGCCUUAGGUAAGCUAUACACUUCUUGGCCUUAGUUUUGUCAUAUCUAUAUAAAGUGAAUGGCCUACCUUGAUAGCCUCCAAGGUCUCUCUCAGCUAGGUACAAACAAAAAUUCUAUGCAGUAAAUAUGUGGUACUGUGGAACUAAAUUUUGGGAAGCUGUUUAAUCAAGUGGAUAGUUUACCUCUGGAAAUGAAGUACCAGCACAAAGGGGCCCAUAUCAUUGCUCUAGGGAACAGCUGGAACUCAGGGGCCCAGUGUAUAAGACUCAUUGCCUCCAGUGCUUAGAAUAGGGGCUGGGUUAUGGCUUUGAUCCCCAUAUGAAACAAAGACUACCAUAAGGGUAGCAAGCAGAUGACAAUAGCCAUCAAAUGCAAAAUAGGACAGAAAUGAAACAUCAAAGACUAUUAAGGGAACAAAAAGUAGAAGCUGCAGGCACCUAAAAUGAGCUGGCUAUUUAAGUCAACCCCCAUGCAUCUGUCAGCUUGUCAUACUGUGGGGGCUUGCAUAUUACUGUGAUGCUGGAAACUAUGCCAUCAGUAUUCAAAUACCGGCAGGGUCACCCAUGGCAGACAUGUUUCAGCUGGGCUUCCAGACUAAGACUAGGGAGAAGGAGCCAGCAGUCUGCUUCUGAGAAGAAAUAGCCAGUGACAACCUUAUGAAUAGCAGCGGAACAUUGUCUGAUACAGUGCCAGAAGACGAGCCCCUAAGGUUGGAAGGCACUCGAAAGAUGAGUGGGGAAGAGCUGCUGCCUCAAAGUAGAGUCAACCUUAAUGACGUGGAUGGAGUCAAGCUUUCAGGACCUUCGUUUGCUGAUGUGGCAUGACUCAAAAUGAGAACAGCCGCAAACAUCCAUUAAUAAUCAGAAUAUGGAAUGUAUGAAGUAUGAAUCUAGGAGAAUUGGAAAUCAUCAAAAAUUAAAUGGAAUGCAUAAACAUCGAUAUCCUAGGCAUUAGUGAGCUGAAAUGGAAUGGUAUUGGCCAUUUUGAAUUGGACAAUUAUAUGGUCUACUAGGCCAGGAAUGACAACAUGAAGAGGAAUGGCAUUGCAUUCAUCAUCAAGAAGAACAUUUCAAGAUCUAUCCUGGAGUACAGUGCUGUCAGUGAUAGGAUAAUGUCCAUAUGACAACAAGGAAGACCAGUUAAUACAACUAUUAUUCAAAAUUAUGUAGCAACCACUAAAACCAAAGAUGAAGAAAUUGAAGAUUUUUACCAACUUCUGCUGUCUGAUCGAACAUGCAAUCAGGAUGCAGUGAUAAUUACUGGUAAUUGGAAUGCAAGAAAGAUGGAAACAAAGAAGAAGGCCUUGGUGAUAGAAAUGAUGCCGGAGACCACAUGGUAGAUUUUUGCAAGACCAAUGACUUCUUCAUUGCAAAUUCCUUUUUUCAACAGCAUAAAUGGUGACUGUACACAUGGAUCUUCCCAGAUGGAAUACACCAGGGAUCAAAUUGACCACAUCUGUGGAAAGAGAGGAUGGAAAAGCUUGAUAUCAGCCAGAACAAGGCCAGGGGCUGACUUUGGAAUAGACCAUCAGCUGCUUGUAUGCCACUUCAAGUUGAAGCUGAAGAAAAUUAGAACAAGUCCUCAAGAGCCAAAGUAUAACCUUGAGUAUAUCCCACCUGAAUUUAGAGACCAUCUCAGAAUAGAUUUCGCAUGUCGAACACUGAUGACCCAAGAUGAGACGAGUUGUGGAAUGACAUCAAGGACAUCAUACAUGAAGAAAGCAAGAGGUCAUUAAAAAGAAAAGAAAGACCAAAAUAGAUGACAGAAGAGACUCUGAAACUUGCUCUCGAACGUUGAGUAGCUAAAGCAAAAGGAAGAAAUGAUAAAGUAAAAGAGCUGAAUAGAAAAUUUCAAAGGGCAGCUCUAGAAGACAAAGUAAAGUAUUACAGUGACAUGUGCAAAGACCUGGAGUUAGAAAACCAAAAGUGAAGAACAUGCUCAGAGCUUCUCAAGCUGAAAGAACUGAAGAAAAAAUUCAAGUGUUGAGUUGCAAUACUGAAGGAUUCUAUGGGCAGAAAUCUGAACAAUUCAGGAAGCAUCAAAAGAAGAUGGAAGGAAUACACAGAAUCACUAUAACAAAAAGAAUUGGCCAAUGUUCAACCAUUUCAGGAGGUAGCAUAUGAUCAGGAACCGACGGUACUGAAGGAAGAGGUCCAAGCUGCACUGAAGACACUGGUGAAAAACAAGGCUCCAGGAAUUGAUGGAAUACCAGUUGAGAUGUUUCAACGAACAGCUGUAGCACUGGAAGUGCUCACUCCUCUAUGCCAAGAAAUCUGGAAGACAAGCUACCUGGCCAACCGACUGGAAGAGACCUGUAUUUAUGCCUAUUCCCUGGAAAGGUGAUCCAACCAAAUGCAGAAAUUACUGAACAAUAUCAUUAAUAUCACAAGUAAAAUUUUGCUAAAGAUCUUCAAAAGGGGCUGCAGCAGUACGUUAACAGAAAACUGCCAGAAAUUCAACCUGGGCUUAGAAGAGAACGUGGAACCAGGGAUAUCAUUGCUGAGGUCAGAUGGGCCUUGGCUGAAAGCAGAGAAUACCAGAAAGAUGUUUACCUAUGUUUAUUGACUGUGCAAAGGCAUUUGACUGUGUGGAUCAUAAGAAAUUAUGGAUAACAUUGUGAAGAAUGGGAAUUCCAGAGCACUUAAUUGUGCUCAUGAGGAACCUGUACAUAGAUCAAGAGGCAGUUGUUUGGACAGAACAAGGGAAUACUGCAUGGUUUAAAUUCAGGAAAGGUGUGCGUCAGGGUUGUAUCCUUUCACCAUCCUUAUUCAGUCUGUAUGCUGAACAAAUAAUCCAAGAAGCUGGACUCCGAAGAAGAACAGGGCAUCAGGAUUGGAGGAAGACUCAUUAACAACCUGAGUCAUGCAGAUGACGCAGCCGUGCUUGCUGAAAGUGAAGAGGACUUGAAGCACCGAUGAAGAUCAAAGACUACAGCUGUCAGUAUGGAUUACACCUCAACAUAAAGAAAACAGAAAUCCUCACAAUGGGACCAAUAAGCAACAUCAUGAUAAAUGGAAGAAAGAUUGAAAUUGUCAAGGAUUUCAUUUUACUUGGAUGUACAAUCAACACCCACGGAAGCAGCAGUCAAGAAAUCAGAUGAUGCAUUGCAUUGGGCAAAUCUGCUGCAAAAGACCUCUUUAAAAUGUUGAAAAGCAAAGAUUUCACCUUAAAGUCUAAGGUGCGCCAGAUCUAAGCCAUGAUAUUUUCCAUUGCAGCAUAUACACGUGAAACCUGGACAAUGAAUAAGGAAGACAGAAGAAUUGACACCUUUGAAUUGUGAUGUUGGUGAAAAUACUGAAUAUUCCAUGGACUGCCAAGAGAAUGAACAAACCUGUCUUGGAUGAAGUACAGCCAGAAUACUCAUUUAGAAGCAAGGAAGGCGAGACUAUGCCUCACGUACUUUGGACAUGUUAUCGGGAGGGACCAGUCCCUGGAGAAGGACAUCAUGCUUGGUAAAGUAGAAGGUCAGCAGAAAAGAGGAAGACCCUCAAUAAGAUGGAUUGACACAGUGGCUGCAACAAUGGGCUCAAGAAUAACAAUUGUGAGGAUGGCGCAGGACUGGGCAGUGUUUCGUUCUCUUGUACAUAGGGGUCACUAUGAGUGGGAAGCGACUGACAGCACAUAACAACAUUUAAGUCAAACACUGGCUUUAGUUCUGAGCUCCUGGCAGCUGAGGCAAAGAACACACCUUACUGUAUAUAUGUAUGUGUGUAUAUACGUGUGUGUAUAUAUAUAUAUAUAUAUAUAUAUAUAUAUACACCAAAAAACCAAACCUGUUGCCAUCGUGUCGAUUCCGACUCAUAGUGACCCUAUAGGACAGAGUAGAACCGCCCUAUAGAGUUUCCAGGGAGCGCCUGGUGGGUUUGAACUGCCAGCCUUUUGGUUAGCAGCUGUAGCACUUAACCACUACGCCACCAGGGUUAUAUGUGUAUGUAUAUAUAUAUAUAUAUAUUUUUUUUCUUCCUGAAACAAAUUUCCAGGAAGUAGAACUUUUAGAAACACAGAGAGAUGGACUUUCAUGGAGAUUUUUUUGAAGGACUCUGUGGACCAGUUUUACUGUAUCCCAUGGAUGCAAAGUGUGCCCUUACCCUAGGCCAGUGUUCACGAAAGUGCACAAUCUUGAUGAGAAUCCUAACCAUUUUUUACAAUCCUGCUAAAAAUUCACAGCUAGUCUUCUCUUCACCCUCUGAAUUCUCAUAGCAGGCACUGACUAUCUUUAGUGGCCUUUUUGGGCCUUUAACCUAGACUGGGCAACGUUGUGGUUUUAGCAGAAUAUCUCAACUAGAUGAGCAAGUCCUAGAAGGCUAAAACUGUACUUUAUACCUGAAAUCUUUGUGUAUCAUCCACUCCCUCCUAAC